AUGGGUGUGAUGAAGAUUGUUUCCCAAAAACAAAGUCUUGGAAUGAGAGUAGGGAUUGCUGCAGUUGGGAUGGAGUCACUUCAGCCUCUCCAACUUCAUCAUCUCCACACACUAAACCUUGCUUACAAUGACUUCAAUUAUUCUUCAAUCCCACAUAACAUUGGCCGAUUGACGAAUUUGAGGCAUCUCAACCUUUCUGCUGCUUCCUUUGAUGGGAAAAUCCCAACGGAAAUCUCAUACCUUUCCAAUUUGGUUUCACUUGAUCUUUCUUUUAAUUAUGGAUUACAACUUGAUGAGAGAACAUUUGAAACAAUGCUUCAAAACUUUACAAAUCUGGAGAUACUUUCUCUCUUUGAAGUCAACAUCUCAUCUCCAAUACCUGUAAGUAUUCAUCCCAAUAGCAGCCUCUUCCAGCUUCAUCAUCUCCACACACUAAAAAUCUCUCACUUUUAUCAUUCUUCAAUCCCAAAUGGCAUUGGCCGAUUGAGGAAUUUGAGGCAUCUAAAACUCUCUCACUUUGAUGGGAAAAUCCCAACAGAAAUCUCAUACCUUUCCAAUUUGGUUUCACUUCAUCUUUCUUCUUCUUAUGGUAAUGAAUUACAACUUGAUGAGAGAACAUUUGAAGCAAUGUUUCAGAACUUCACAAAUCUGGAGCUACUUUCUCUCUCUGAAGUCAACAUCUCAUCACCAAUACCUGUGAAUAUCUCUUCUUCCUCCUCAAGGUACCUGGAUCUUGGAUAUACUAAUCUGCGAGGUGUUCUCACAGAGAGCUUUUUCCUUCCGCCAAACAGCUUGGAAACGCUCAAAUUGAGUGGUAAUGAUCUUCUCAAAGGAGUUUUUCCAAAGAUCCACCGGAGCAACACUCUGUUAAUGGAGUUGGAUAUUUCAUUCACUGGCAUCUCUGGUGAGCUGCCUGAUUCAAUUGGCACCUUCAGUUCCUUGAAUAUCUUGAACCUCCAUAGAUGUCAAUUCUCUGGUUCCAUUCCUGAUUCCAUAGGCAACCUAACACAAAUUAGGGAGUUGAUAUUAUCUCAUAAUCAUUUCACUGGCCAUAUUCCUUCCACAAUCUCUAAAUUGAAGCAUCUCACAAGUUUAGAUCUUUCUGACAACUCCUUUUCAGGUGAAAUUCUUGACGUUUUCUCUAACCUCAAAGAGCUACGUACUUUAUAUCUUUCUGACAACUCCUUUUCAGGUGAAAUUCCUGAUGUUUUCUCUAACCUCAAAGAGCUACGUUAUUUAGAUCUUUCUGACAACUCCUUUUCAGGUGAAAUUCCUGAUGGUUUCUCUAACCUCCAAGAGCUACGUUAUUUAGAUCUUUCUUAUAACAACUUCAACGGUUCAUUUCCCGCUUCAAUUUUAAGUUUGACACAUCUUGAAUACUUAAGAUUGUCGAGUAAUUCCAUUUCUGGCCCACUGCCUAGCAACCAAAGCAUUCAAAAGCUAACUUCUGUGGAUUUGUCAUACAACUCACUGAAUGGUACCAUACCAUCUUGGGUGUUUAGCCUGCCUUUGCUAUCUUCAGUGUCGCUCCAACAUAACCGAUUCAGAGGUCUAGCCAAUGAAGUGAUCAAAACAAACCCAACAAUAAAACAACUGCAUUUAAGCAAUAAUCAACUCAGUGGUUCUUUUCCUCAAUCACUUGUGAAUCUCACAAACCUUGAAACCCUUGGAAUUUCAUCAAAUAACAUAACCAUUGAUGAGGGAAUGAGUAUCACCUUUCUUAGCCUAUCAUCUUUAUUCUUAUCAUCUUGUCAACUGAAGGAUUUUCCACACUUCUUGAGAAAUGUAAAGACACUUGUGUACUUGGAUAUUUCUAACAAUAAGAUUCGUGGUCAAAUUCCUGACUGGUUUAGCGGCAUGAGGUGGGACUCGUUGCAGUUCCUAAACCUUUCUCAUAAUUCAUUGACAGGUCAGUGGUCACCUACCACAAUUUCGUUACCAUAA